UUGGUGUCCUCCGACUCCGUGGAACUCUGCAAUGCUGCUGCUUUGGGCCCUGGCGAGAUGGGCUGGGGUCUCCAUGCCCUGGGUGGCAUUUUGGGAAUGGAGGUGCCUAUUGGGGCCAGUAGGGGAGCUGGCUUCCUUGAGGGCUUAGGCCACAUGUGUCAGACACAAGGCCCGCGGGCCAGAUGUGGCCCUCGGAGCAUUAUGUGGCCCGCGAGAUAAAUAUCAAAAAUAUAUUAAAACUGACCCGCUGGCCGAUUUUACCGCAAAGACUACAACUCCUAUGAUGCUGUGCGACAUUAGCACGGAGCCAAAGUGCCCCUUCCUUUGUGUUUUUCCAGUGUCUGCUGCCGGUGUCUGCAGCUCUGCUGUCUCGGACAAACUAAACACUCCGCUCACUCAGCGCCGAGUUAACUUAGCUAUUUUCUGACGUUGAAGCCCAGAAACUGAGAUUUUAACUGCUCAGUAAUGUGUUCACGACUGAAAGAGAAAGUUUUCCAACUAACUUCCAGACAGAGCUGAUAUAACUCCAGCGAGCAGCGACACGCUCAAACCAGCAUGACUCUGUGGCUGCUGUAGUUUUUAUUUUUCCUCCCCGACACACAACAACGUGGGAAAAGCUAGAUGUCAUAGCAACGAUGACACUUAUUACAGGAGAAAAAAGAGAAUAAAAAAUGAAGAAACAACAAGAAAACUUAAAUCCUGAAUAGAUUUUAAAAAUGCUGAAUAUACCACAAGUAAUGAAUACCACUGAUGCGUUUUAUUUAAAAUUGACUUGCUUGUGUGUAAUUUGAUUAUUCCACAUUUAGUGUUAAUGCAAAAAUAAGUUUGUUUCCCAAUUAAAAGGUUCAAAAUUGCAUACAUGUUGAUAAAGAAAAUGUACAAAUUUGCUGUCACUUUUUCAAAUAAUUUUAAGUUUGGCCCGCGACUUCGUCCCAGAGUUUCCUUUCGGCCCAGUGUGAAUUUGAGUUUGACGCCCCUGGCUUAGGCCAACCAGCCAUUCCUCCCCAUCCCCAUAUAUUUUCUCCUCCUGCUCCCUCAUAUCAUCACACAAACAAGCACAUAGGACCUUGGGGGGUGGGCAAGUCAGGGGGUGCGAGUAUGGAUUCCAUUUCCGCAUUUCUGUGGCAGCCUGCCCCCAAUUUUAUUUGCACAUUAAACACUUCUACCAAUGACAUUCCAAGCAAACACACACUUAGGGCCUUGGGAGUGAGCACACUCAACAACAUUUGGCAAGGUGAUCUUUCAGCCUCAUCCCAAGUGCCGGUGCGCACUUCCAAUUUUAAACUGCACUUAGACACAGAGGGCUGUGGGGGGAAGUGGGGCUGUGUGGUGGCAUCAGCUGGCGUAGGCCAGACGAUGGCUGUAAUCAGGAGUGUAACUGCCUCUUUCUUUCUCUCAUGCCUCUGAUGUUGCAGAUAAAAGCACAGAGCUGCAGAAAGACCACUGUUCACAGUGUGCUGGACUUCAAGCUGGCUGGGGAUGUGACUCAGGUCAAACAGAAAACCAAGAUUAAAAAGAAUCUCUCAGGAUCAUGCACCCACGACAAGGAAGGCUCACCUUGCAACUCCAACCCUAAGCAUGGGCAUAGAAGCCAGAGUGGAGUCAAAGUUGGAUCGAGGCAAGAUUCAGGGGGACAGAGCAAUACAGAAAAUAAAGAAGAGGAAAGCAGUUGUGAGACUGAUGAAGAUUACAAAGCCCGUAUUUCUAGAGACAUCACCUCAGUCUCCUCCAUGAUUGGCCCCAGUCCAUCAUUUGUUGUGAAGCUUGAGGCCAACCAGAAAGCCAGGAACAAAAAACAGAGACAGGAACUAUAUGGGUCUGUAGCAGAGGGAGAAGUCAAACUAAGGAAGAAGCCCACCUGUAGGCUGGGCGUGGCUUCUAUGGCCAUAAACCAUCAGUGGUCUGCAGGACCCAGAAGAACAUGUGGAACUAGGUUAAAGGAAUCUAGGUCGAAGGAAUCUAGAUGGGGCAGCCUCGGAACAAGAGGCAACCACUACAGGAGGAGCGUCAGAAUGGCUGGAAUGGCCACCUUCCCAACAAUAAGUGAGAGGCUGAAGAGGGCAACAUGCAAGAACACUAUGCUGAGAGGAACAUUCAGUAAGAGCUGCUAUCCAUUUGGAGCCUCGUCUUUGCAGGGUGAGGAGGGGGGAUGCAAGGACCAAGAGUCAAAAGGAAGAGCUGUAAGUCAUCUACUGGAGAGCUUUGCUUUUGAGGAGGGAUUUCAGAUGGCUGGUAACAGCUUCUCAGAGAAAGAGGACCAAAGUCCCUCACAUAACAACAAAAGCACUAAAGGUCCCAAUUGUGUUUUGACCAAAGAACUUUUAUGUGAUGGACUAAAAGUGCUGAUCUCCAAGGAAGAUGAACUUCUGUAUGCUGCCAAGGUUCAUACCACGGAGAUGUCAGACAUCUUUAGUGUUGUUAUUGAUGGGGAAAGAGGAAACCUGCCAAGAAUCUAUUCACAGGAGCAACUGAUCAAGGAAGCAGUCUUGGAUAUAUGUCCAGAAUCUGACACUAUGCUCAGUGAGGGAACCAGGGUGUGCGCUUAUUGGAGCAAACGUUCACGCUGCUUGUACCCAGGCUACGUUCGCAGAGAUGGUUUAUCUGAUGAUGGCAAACCAGGAGGAGUGAUGGUUGAAUUUGAUGAUGGAGACAGAGGGAAAAUCUUUCUUCCAAACAUCAGACUCCUGCCUCCAGCUUAUCAGAUUUUCUGUAAGGAGUCAUCUCCUGCCCUACUGGCACCAUCAGGAGAAACGGCAAAGAGUUGCCUUGAGCUUGCCCCGAUUACUGGCAGGCCUUUGGACAGUCGUGGCUCCACCAGCUCUAUAGCUAACACUGCAAAAUUAGCAGCUGUUAAAAGAAGACCAGGAAGACCAAAAGGCUCUGGAAAAAAGCAAAAGCUGCAGCAGGCUGCAAAUGCCAGUAAAGGUCCUUCGACUUUCCUAGGUCGGAGUUCACUGGCAAACCCCCGGAAGAGCUCAUUUGAUAGUCUGCUUCAGUUCAGCGAGGCACCCACAAAGACCUUGAGGGGAAAGAAAGGUGCCUUGUUCUCUUUGCCUCAGACCCAGCCAAUGGUUUCCCUCCCAGGCAAAGAGCUUUUCAGCAGCAGCUCCUUUGAAAUUGAUUCCUUCAGAAGCAUUGCAAAUGGCUACUCCUCCUUCUGUACCCAGUCUACAGGGGGAGGUUCAGGAUUAUCCCUGGGCUCCAGGAGUGGUGCUUAUGGAGAGAUGCACAGGCAGGAGGAACGGGUCACACCAAAGGGCAGCAAGUCUAGACAAGACUUUCUGGUCAAAUUAGAUCAUGAAGGAGUGACCUCUCCCAAGACAAAGAACAGCAAGUCCCUUUUCUUGCAAGGUGACUUUUCCAGUGUGACUAGCAUGCCAAAGACCAAAGCAUACCGUCAUCCUUUCCUGUUAGUUAAAGACAAAAAAAAGGGUGGUACCCCCAGCGUGGAACUUUUUCUUAAAAGAGCCACACCACAAAGAAAGCCCUUCCCUUCUCUGCGCCAGGAGACAUGUGGUUACUUGGGCUUCAAGUCUCACAGAGAAUGCCACACUUCCUACUCUGAUCUGGAAGAUAAAGAGGAAGAGAUGAGGCAGGCUGCAUUAGCUGCAGAAGACCCGAGGAUGGCUGGCCGUUUUCAUUCUCGCCUCUCUGUCUCUUCUUCAUCUUCAAGCUCUUCCUCUUCAGGCUCGCUCUCAAGUUCUAGCCUUUGCUCAUCUGACAAUGACUCAUCUUUCAGCUCAGAUGAUGAAGACAGAUCAGCACUGAUGCUUCAGACUUUCCUGUCCUCCCACCAGGGGCUCCGACAGUCAAAUGACCCCUCUACUUCUUUAAGGCCUCAGCAGCAUUCCUUUGUUGCCAAAGCCAUGGCAGUCUCCAGCACCAAAGGAAGCCCUUCUGGCCAGGUGUCCAUCAGCAAGUCAUUAAAGAGGAAAGAAUGCAUGAUUUCCAUUUCUAAAACUACUAAAGAAUUUGUAAAGAAACCUUGGAUGCUUUCAAAUGAUGCUUCAUUUAUUCCAAGGCCCAAGAUGUCGGCAAUCCUAGUGGGUUGCCAAAUAUGGAGGUGGUCAGGAAACCCAAUGCAGAAACAAGGACUAAAGGGCAAAGCCAGGAAACUGUUUUACAAAGCCAUUGUCCGAGGCAGAGAUACCAUUAGGGUUGGAGACUGCGCUGUGUUUGUGUCAAAAGGACGUCCUAACCUCCCCUUUGUAGGUCAGAUUGAGAGCUUUUGGGAAUCUUGGACUUCAAGAAUGGUAGUAAAAGUCAGGUGGUUCUACCACCCUAAGGAGACCAAAGUAGGCAAGAGGCUUUGCAGUGGCAAGCAUGCCCUCUACCAGUCAUGUCAUCAGGAUGAGAACGAUGUCCAGGCAAUCUCUCAUAAGUGCCGGGUGGUGAGCAGGGAGGAGUAUGAGUUUCUGACUCAUAAUCAGAAGCCAAACAGUCUUUCCCCAGACCUCUACUACCUGGCCGGGACUUAUGACCCCACCACGGGUCAACUAUUCACUGUUGAAGGCAUUUCUAUCAUGUGCUGAAUCACAACAGGAACACUACUGAAGAACUGACGAUUUGUGACUGUACCCAUGAGACACUUCAGUCUUGUGGAAUACAAUAUUCCAAGCCUCAAGGAUAUGUGAACAGCACUAAAGCAGAACUGUCUGAGAUUGCACACUGGAGUAUGAUGACACAUAAACUUUGUGGAAGUGGAUUGGAUGUCAAAAAGUGGUUCAUCCUUUUGGUGACUAAUAGCAGAAUGUCUGGGUCUUCCUGGGCAUGACAAACUUUAAAUACACAUUUUCGUUAUCUAUUUAAUACAUUUCUAAAAGCAGUUUGUUGCUAUAACAUGUCAGAAAUAAAGCUGAUUGCAUUUGAUUGUGCAACACGAUGCUUGAUAGUGACUGUGGACCAGUUGAGGUAGCCUUUUUUUAAUGAUUGAAAACAAAAAGGCAUGGGCAUUUUUUGAUGCCUUUUCAUUCCAGGGAAGUCAAAAACAUUUAAAAAGAUGUAAAGGUAAAAUUGUAAAUAAGUAAUUAUUUUUCCAAUCAAGCCAUACACUUAUGUACCUCUCACCUGUCUUAAAUAUUCAGGUGUACAUUGUACAGGACAGUUAUUUUAUUGAUGUAUAUUAUAUAUAUGUAAAGAAAAAAUAUUUUCUAUAGGACUUUAUUGUAUGAGAUCGAUGUAUGUUUUCAUGUUUGCAAUUGAUUUAUUUUUAUAUGAGUGUAGACUUAAUUGCUUUGUGUUUUUGACUUGCUUUGGGGGCUCAAUAUUGAAGGAGUUAAUGUUGCACUGUGUAUGCCCCGCUGAAACAGACCAACAAAUACAGAGUACAGAAGAAUAGAAAUGCAAAACAGGAAACGACUCCUAUUUUGACAGAAAGGGGAUAGCCUGUUAAAAGUAAAGUGUUCAUAUUAUUUGUGAAAUAAAAUGUUCUGUUACUUCA